AUGAGCGAAGCCAAAGCAGCAAUCUCGAUAUCACCGCUUCUCCUCCGGCUGGCGGACCCCACCACGACAUUGUACAGCGUCACUGCCCAGGAAGUUGCUCUUGCAGUAUCGCACAUUUUUGCAAACGCCAUCUCGCCUGUCCAAACAGGCUGUCUUCUCUAUGCACUUCACACAACCCAAUUGGAUCGUCGUCCGGAUAUCCUUGCAGCAUGCGCCAGUUCUAUGAGAUAUGCCGCUGCUCAAGUCGACCAUAACGCUCUCGCAAAAGCUGUGUCACAACGAGCUCGCAAAGAGGGUCAAUACCAUGGAGGUCUGGUAUGGUAUGCCCAAGCGAGUCUGCUUCCUCAGUCAGAUACUGACUCCUUCAUAGNNUGUGACAUAGUUGGUACCGGCGGUGACAGCCACAACACAUACAAUGUCAGCACAACCUCGAGUAUCCUUGCCUCGGCCCUGCUCAUGAUGGCCAAACACGGUAACAACGCUUCGACGUCAAAGUCGGGUUCCGCAGACCUCCUGCUCGCCGCAUCUCCCGCUCCCAUCAUCGCCGCGACCACUGAGAAGACACUCCCCGAAAUCUACUCCCGAACAAAUUACGCCUUCCUGUAUGCCCGCGAAUGGCAUCCUGGUAUGAAGCACGCCGCUGCUGUCCGUAAAGAGCUGCCUUUCCGUACAAUCUUCAACUUGCUUGGUCCUCUCGCCAAUCCCGUACAGAACAGCAACUUGAUCGAGGCCCGUAUUCUGGGUGUCGCAAAGCGCGAUAUGGGUCCCGUGUUCGCUGAGUCCAUGCGUUUGACUGGCGCAAAGAAGGCCUUGAUCGUUUGCGGUGCCGAAGACCUGGACGAACUGAGCUGCGCUGGACCUUCAUACUGCUGGAUACUCAAGCCCCACUCUGACGCCGGCAACGCUCAAGUCGACAUUGUACCUUUCACCGUCUCACCCGAGGACUUUGGCCUGAAGCCUGUGCCGCUCAGUCUUGUCGCUGGCGGUAAGUCACCUAAUGAGAACGCCGUGAUCCUCCAGAGCAUCCUUGAUGGAACCAUUGAUCCCGAAGACCCCGUCCUCACGUUCGUCCUGAUCAACACUGCUGCCCUCUUGGUUACCUCUGGAAUCUGCGAGGUCGACAGUAGCAACAUGGGUCCUGGUGAUGACGGCAAGGUGAUUACCGAGCGCGGCCCAGGUGGCUUGCGCUGGAAGGAGGGCGUCAGACGUGCUCGCUGGUGCAUCAGCAGCGGUGCCGCCAAAGAGCAAUGGAACGCCUUUGUUAAGGUGACUGGUGAGAUUGGCGGCGAGGCAUGA